GUCGCUAGAGAAGAAUGGAGAAUGCUCCACGAACACUAUCUAUCGCUUGAGGGAAUCGAGGAAGAAAGGAUGAGAUAAACACAAUUCUUCUUCACGUUGCGACUUUUGCUGUUGAACUUGAUAGCCGGGGUUUUACGCAUCUCAGUGAAAACAAUUCGAAGUAUGCGUUUAGGAGGAUGGAUACCCACGCGUCAUUAGGAUUUUUGUUUCCAGAUAAAGGGAUUGAAGAAAAAUAACCAAAGCUGCUUUUUCUCCCUAUAUCUGUUUCAUCGUUAGAUUGUAAAGGUGGAGCGAUCAGAGAAGGCCGAUGACGGACCUAUUAAUCUGGUCAGUGCAUCAGAACCACCAAAAGGUUCUGGAAACGUGUGGAUGGAAAUCGGGCGAAUGUUUAGACUUGCUUUUGGUUUUAUAUGAAACUGGUGACUAGCAGUUGCGAUUUUUCUCUCUGGAAUUUUCAUCUUCUCAUUCAAGAAAUUAUAGUCUAACUGAGGUGAAGAUAUUUGUCGGCUUAUCAAUUGUAUUUUAAUUUUAUUUUUGGUAUUUCGGUACGCUGUCCAUUUCGCAAUUCCCUUAAAUCUCAAUCGUUUCCUCUUGAAGUAUUCCUUAAUCUAAAUGGAAUUAGUUGAGCGUGAAGCCCCUUGUGAAAGGUACAGACAUGGUACAUGGGUACAGCCUCCUUCACGUUGUUGCAAGUCUACUCAUACUUGGGUUGUCUGGGGCAACGAAGAAGGAAGCAGUGAAAAACAAUUCAGGAGUGAAGCCUGCAGGACAAUGUGGCACCUGGGUGAAAGAAGGAGACGGGGGAUUGUUCACUUCUCCCAACUACCCCAGCAAAUACCCCCCAGAAGUAGAGUGUGUUUACAUUAUUGAAGCUCCUCCGAGGCUGUGUAUCGAUCUUUUCUUUGAUGAGAGGUAUUCUAUAGAGCCUUCAUGGGAAUGUAAAUUUGACAACAUCGAGGUGCGAGAUGGCCCCUUUGGCUUCUCCCCAAUAAUCGGGCGCUACUGUGGCCAGACCAUCCCUCCCUUCAUCAGGAGCAGUGGACGGUACCUCUGGAUAAAAUUUGUUUCUGAUGCCGAACUGGAGGCAAUUGGAUUUUCAGCCAACUACAACUUCACUGCAGAUCCGGACUUUGGAGACUUGGGAGUGCCCCAGCCUCUGCCCUUCUGUGAGUUUGACAUGGGAGGACCAGAGGGGAUAGUGGAGUCUCAUCAGAUCACCAGAGAUGGAAAGGCUUUACCUACAGAGGCUGUGGACUGCAAAUGGUUCAUCCGCGCUCCGCCACGCUCCAAGAUCUACCUGCGUUUCCUGGACUAUGAGAUGCAGAACAGUAAUGAGUGUAAGCGUAACUUUGUGGCAGUGUACGACGGCAGUGCGUCCGUAGAGGACCUGAAGAACAAGUUCUGCUCUACGGUGGCCAACGACGUGAUGCUGGUGUCCACCACGGGGGUGAUCAGGAUGUGGGCCGACCAGGGCAGCCGCCGGAGCCGCUUCAGGAUACUCUUCACCACCUUCCAAGAACCUCCAUGCGAGGCGGAUGCCUUCUUCUGUCACAGUAACAUGUGCAUCAACAACACCCUGGUGUGUAACGGCAUUCAGAACUGUGUCUACCCCUGGGAUGAGAAUCACUGUAAAGAGAAGAGGAAAGCCAAUAUCCUGGACAACCUGAACAACACAAACGGCACCAUUAUCGGCGUCACCUGUUGUAUCGUCCUCAUCCUCCUCAUUGUGUCCGUCAUCGUUCAGAUCAAACAGCCCAGGAAGAAGUACAUCCUCCGGCGUGAGGACUUCGACCCCACCAUGUUCCAGGAGGUCUUCGAGCCGCCGCACUACGAGCUCUGCACGCUACGGAGCGCCACGCACGCCACUGCAGCCUCCGCGGACCUAGUCGACCUGGCGGAGGACUUCGAGAACUACCACGCGCUCCGCCGCUCAUCCUCACGCUGCGUCCAUGACCACCACUGUGGCUUCGCCUCCAACCCGGGCUCCGCCCACCUGUCCCAGCUGUCACUCAGUGGGCGGGGUAGCCGCGGCAACCUGAGCACGCGCGAGACCCUCCUCACGGACCUUCCACCACAGCCGGUACGGCCGCUGCUGCCCAGCGUUGCCACAGGGAACCGGCGUAGCAUACUGGUGAUGAAGCACAGCUACUCACAGGAAGCGGCCGACAACGGGUGCGACCUCGAUGACGACCUGGAAGAGGUUCCCACGACGAGCCACCGACUGUCGCGUCACGAGAAGGCAGUCCAGCGGUUCUGCCUCAUUGGCUCUUUGAGCAAACACGAAUCAGAAUACAACACGACUAGGGUGUAA